ACAACCUUUUGUUCUACAAGACACAGAGAGAGAGAAAAGGCUUCAGACGAGGUGGCGGGCCGACGCAUUAAACUCCUAGACGUUUGUCUUUGCCCUCUUUGAGGGUCGAAUUGUUCGUAUAUUGAGAGUGGAAUCUCUGAAAAUGGCAUCCAAAUCAUUUAAGGCCAGCAUAUCGGAUCUAUCGACAGCAUCCGAUGUGCUGGAUUCUCAGAAUGGGAAGCCACCGCUGCCUCCACAAGCACGUGUAACGUUUGCUCGGAGGACCUCAUCGGGCCGUUAUGUCAACUUUUCAAGGGAUGAUCUUGAUAGCGAACUUGGCAGCAGCGAUUAUCUGAACUACACGGUGCAUAUACCGCCGACCCCUGAUAACCAGCCUAGUAACCCUGUCUCACAGAAGGUUGAAGAGCAAUACGUGUCUAGUUCACUCUUUACUGGUGGAUAUAACAGCAUAACACGGGCUCAUUUGAUGGAUAAAGUCAUUGAUUCGGAUCCUAACCAUCCACAGAUGGCGGGCGUGAAAGGGUCUUCUUGUGCCAUUAAUGGAUGUGAUGGCAAGGUGAUGAGCGACGAGAGGGGAAAUGACAUCCUCCCGUGUGAGUGUGAUUUCAAGAUAUGCCGAGACUGUUACAUAGAUGUGCUUAAGACAGGAGAGGGUAUUUGUCCCGGGUGCAAGGAGCAAUACAAAACUACUGAUUUGAACGAAGCUUUGGAGAAUUGGAGAUCACUGCCGCAGCUUCCACCACCAUCUGGGAUGUCAAAAACGGAGAGGAGGUUGUCCUUGAUGAAAUCAUCAAAGUCAUUUCUGAUGAGGAACCAGACAGGAGAUUUUGAUCACAAUCGUUGGCUGUUUGAGACGAAGGCCACGUACGGUUAUGGCAAUGCUAUAUGGCCAAAGGAGGAUGGCUUUGAAAAUGGUAAGGAUGAUGACAUUGUUGAGCCUUCUGAGUUUAUGAACAAGCCAUGGAGACCACUUACUCGCAAGUUAAAGAUUCCAGCCGCCAUCAUCAGCCCAUACAGGCUUCUAAUUGCUAUCCGAAUGGUUGUUCUUGGGUUUUUCUUGGCAUGGAGAGUUCGUCAUCCCAACAACGAUGCUGUCUGGCUUUGGGGCAUGUCUAUAGUUUGUGAAAUAUGGUUCGCCUUUUCUUGGAUUCUUGACCAGUUGCCAAAGCUCUGCCCUGUAAAUCGGGCUACUGAUCUAAAUGUCUUGAAAGAUAAAUUUGAGACACCUAAUCCAAGCAAUCCCAUGGGAAAGUCUGAUCUCCCUGGCAUCGAUGUCUUUGUUUCUACUGCAGAUCCAGAGAAGGAGCCACCUCUUGUCACUGCUAAUACCAUUUUGUCAAUACUAGCAGCUGAUUAUCCAGUCGAAAAGCUUGCUUGCUAUGUUUCUGAUGAUGGAGGUGCACUUCUGACCUUUGAGGCCAUGGCAGAAGCAGCAAGUUUUGCAAAUAUAUGGGUACCGUUCUGUCGCAAACAUAGGAUUGAACCUAGAAAUCCAGAAACUUAUUUCAAUCUGAAGAAAGAUCCUACCAAGAACAAGGUUCUUAGUGACUUCGUCAAAGAUAGAAGACGUGUGAAGCGUGAGUAUGAUGAGUUUAAGGUUCGCAUUAAUAGUCUGCCAGACUCUAUUCGACGCCGAUCUGAUGCCUAUCAUGCUAGGGAAGAACUUAUAGCCAUGAAAGAACAGAGACUCAAGAAAGAAGAAGAACCUUUAGAGGCUGUCAAGAUAAAGAAAGCUACAUGGAUGGCAGAUGGAACCCAUUGGCCAGGCACUUGGUUGACUUCAGCAGCUGACCACUCAAAGGGUGAUCAUGCAGGAAUAAUACAGGUGAUGCUGAAGCCGCCAAGUGAUGAACCGCUUUGUGGCAUAGGCGAGGAGUACAGUGUGAUAGACGUGAGCAGUGUUGAUAUCCGUCUACCAAUGCUUGUAUAUGUUUCUCGUGAAAAGCGGCCUGGCUAUGAUCACAAUAAGAAAGCAGGUGCCAUGAACGCUCUAGUCCGUGCUUCCGCAAUCAUGUCUAAUGGACCUUUCAUUCUCAACCUUGAUUGUGACCACUACAUCUAUAACUCACAAGCCAUGAGAGAAGGAAUGUGUUUCAUGAUGGACAGAGGUGGCGACCGUAUCUGCUACGUUCAGUUCCCACAGAGAUUUGAGGGUAUUGACCCAUCUGAUCGUUAUGCCAAUAGGAAUACGGUCUUCUUCGAUGGCAAUAUGCGAGCUCUGGAUGGGCUGCAGGGUCCCGUUUAUGUUGGAACAGGAUGCCUGUUUAGGCGAAUCGCACUUUAUGGUUUUGAUCCACCUCGUGCCAAAGAGCACAGCGCUGGCUUCUGCAGUUGUUGCUUCGGCCAUCGAAAGAAGCAUGCUGCAAUUGCUAACACACCAGAAGAAAAUAGAGCCUUGAGAAUGGGCGAUUCUGAUGAUGAAGAGAUGAAUCUUUCACUUGCUCCAAAAAUGUUUGGCAACUCAAAUCUACUUAUUGAUUCGAUUCCAGUGGCAGAGUUUCAAGGCCGGCCUCUGGCUGAUCAUCCAUCUGUGAAGAACGGAAGACUUCCGGGUGCCCUCACCAUACCCCGUGAACCUCUUGACGCAUCAACUAUUGCCGAAGCAAUAAGUGUCAUCUCCUGUUGGUACGAGGAUAAAACGGAAUGGGGACAACGCGUUGGGUGGAUUUACGGGUCUGUUACGGAAGACGUUGUCACAGGAUACAGGAUGCACAAUAGGGGGUGGAAAUCAGUUUACUGUGUAACAAAACGUGAUGCCUUCCGUGGGACUGCACCGAUCAACCUUACAGAUAGGCUCCAUCAGGUCCUCCGCUGGGCUACCGGUUCGGUUGAGAUAUUCUUCUCGCGGAACAAUGCCUUUCUAGCAAGCUCAAGAAUGAAGGUCUUGCAAAGGAUAGCAUACCUCAAUGUAGGAAUCUACCCUUUCACCUCCGUUUUCUUGAUUGUCUACUGCUUUCUCCCUGCACUAUCUCUCUUCUCGGGCCAGUUCAUCGUCCAAACUCUGAACGUCACUUUCUUGAUCUACCUCCUGAUCAUUACCAUGACACUCUGUGCACUUGCUGUGCUGGAGGUGAAAUGGUCCGGGAUCGAGCUGGAGGAGUGGUGGAGGAAUGAACAAUUCUGGCUGAUCGGAGGGACCAGCGCACACUUGGCUGCCGUCUUCCAAGGGCUGCUGAAAGUGAUUGCUGGAGUCGAAAUCUCUUUCACCUUGACAUCAAAAUCAGCAGGGGACGACGAGGACGACGACUUUGCUGAUCUUUACAUGGUGAAAUGGACAUCCCUCAUGAUACCUCCCAUUGUUAUCAUAAUGGUGAACUUGAUAGCAAUAGCGGUGGGCGUUAGCCGGACGAUAUACAGCGUUAUACCGCAAUGGAGCCGUCUCCUGGGUGGAGUGUUCUUCAGCUUUUGGGUGCUGGCACAUCUCUACCCCUUUGCAAAGGGACUGAUGGGGAGAAGAGGAAGAACACCUACCAUUGUGUAUGUAUGGUCAGGGCUGAUUGCCAUCACCAUAUCCCUGCUAUGGGUGGCCAUAAAUCCCCCCAGUGGAGCUAACCAGAACCAGAUUGGUGGCUCAUUUCAGUUCCCUUGAUCAAAACAUACACUCUUUUCAAUCAACUUUCCAUUUUGUUUCAUCUCCAACUCCAAACAUACACACUAUAUUGAUGUUGUAUCUGUUGGGAAAUCCAGCAAC